CAAGCCCUGCCCAGUCCAGCACCGACCCAACCCAAGCUGGCGCGCGCACCAGGAAGCGGGGAGAGCGCGGAUCCCAGCGCCCGGCGGCGUCUUCCUGCGCGCUCAAGACAGUACCAUGCUCGCUUUCCGAAGCGGCCUGAGGACGGCGCUGGCCCCGCGGGCUCUGGUACCUCAGGUAUGUUCACCUUUUGCUACAGGCCCAAGGCAAAGCGAUGGGACGUUAUAUGAGUUCCGCACCUAUUUUCUCAAGCCCUCAAAGACCAAUGAGUUCCUGGAAAAUUUUAAGAAAAACGUUCACCUUCGGACAGCUCACUCUGAAAUGAUUGGCUACUGGACUGUAGAAUUUGGAGGCAGGACGAACAGAGUGUUCCAUAUUUGGAAGUAUGAUAAUUUUGCUCAUCGAACUGAAGUCCGCAAAGCCUUGGCCAAGGAUAAGGAAUGGCAGGAGAGAUUCCUCAUUCCAAAUUUGGCUUUCAUUGAUAAACAAGAGGUUGAAAUUGCCUACUUGGUACCAUGGUGCAAAAUAGGAAUGCCUCCCAAGGAAGGAGUCUAUGAACUGGCUACCUUUCAGAUGAAGCCUGGAGGCCCAGCUCUGUGGGGUAAUGCAUUCAAAAGGGCAGUAAAUGCCCAUGUUGAGCUUGGCUACUCUACACUAGUUGGCGUUUUUCACACAGAAUAUGGAGCCCUCAACAGAGUUCAUGUUCUGUGGUGGAACGAGAGUGCAGACAGCCGAGCAGCUGGGAGACAUAGGUCUCACGAGGACCCUCGAGUGGUGGCUGCCGUUCGGGAAAGUGUCAGUUACCUAGAGUCCCAGCAGAAUAUGUUCCUGAUUCCAACAUCAUUCUCACCAUUGAAGUAGUUUCCUACCCAGCCUCGAGCAUCCCCCACAGAGGUCCACCUUCCCACCCUUGUACCCUCCCCAAAGAAAGGAAGAAAAGAAAAAGAAAUACAUAGAGCCCAAUCUGUGUUGUCCAUAUACUCAUUAGAGCGUGGUCAAACUACCCGUGGCCAGCCCUGUGUAGAGACCAGAGGCUUCCCCCCACCUCUGCUCCAUGGACUGUGAAGAGCUACACCUCAUCAUCCCUAUCACAAAUUUCAAGGACUUCUGAAUGGCUUCCUGUCUAUACACUGUUUCUUUUCUUUUGGGGGGAUGGAGUGGUUACAGAUCAUGGACACCAACAAUGGUGUCUUGUUAUAACAUAGACCAUGAACAUCAAUGUUGGCCCUGGCAGCAGCAUGGACCAUGGACAUGGACACCAACAUGGUCUCCAGUCUCCAGCAGCAGCGCAGACCGUGGAGGUCUUUUUCAAAGAGUCCCAAUCCAGAAAAUGAACCAUUCUGCAUCUCGGACAUCCUGUCACUGCCCAGAGCCAGGGCAGUCAUGCGCCUGAGCAGCCCAUUCUGGGGUUCAAAGCUGCUACACCACUUUAUCGGCCCUACGCAGCAAUGGCAUGUUCCCAGGUCCGCCACUGCUGUGUUCCCACACUUGUCACCACAGUGUCUCUAGCUCCGCAUCUCUCCAAACCAUGCCAACAGUUCAGUCACCUUUCCCACAUCUCCAUGGCAUAUUUAAUCACCAGAGUGACACUGCAGACUGCAGUAUGUUACACAAUAUUGUUUUUUACCCAAACAUCUUUACAUGCAAAUACUUAUUGCAACAAGUCAUUGGUCUCGUUCAAGGUUUCAGUUUCCGAAGCACCAUAAAUACUGGACUAUAGCUGAGACUCCUCUCAGAUAUCCUGUUGUCCAGAGUCAGGAUGACCCUUGCAACUGGGGCAGAGAUGACAGAUUCUAAGACAAUACACAACACUCUGCCCUUGGUGCUGGCGGCUGCUCCACCUGUUCACAGGCUCACCUGAAUGGCUGCUGACAGCGCUGCCUCGCUCUCCCACCAGGGCAAGCAGCACAGGCUGCAGCACCUGCAGCUCAGCCCUACUCAGCGAUGAGUGACAUGUCCUUCAUCUGUGAUCUCAUGCCUGUCUAGGUACCGUACUUCAAUGGGCGGGGCUCUGCUCUACCUUCUAAUUUCAUGAGACCACAUUUUAAAAGCAUCUUCCCAUAAGGCCUGUCUUUUAAAAAGUUGUUCUGGAGAUACUGCGGGCUCUUCAGACUCCCUUUUUGCCACUGUGUCUCUCCUCCAAGAUUCCAUGAGCCUCAGACUACUGCCAAACUCAGCUCAUUAUAAAAUGU